ACACCAAUUUGAAGAAGGAAACCAUUUGUCAACAAUGGCAUUUCUAACUCAUUUCCCUCUUAUUCAGACUCACUCUUCAUCCUUGUUCACAAAAUUCUUCUUGCUUUCACCAAAACAUCCCAAACCCCCUCUAAAAUCAUUCAUCUUCUUUUCAUCACCAACUUCACAUUUUUCAUCAACAGUCCUUGAAGAAAUUCCAUCUUUACAACAAGAAACCCCAAUACCCAUUUCAAAAGAUAAGCUUUUUAUCCCCCCUGAAACUGAGAUAUUUACUGAUAAACCACCAAGAAUCUUGAAAGGGUCCAACAUUGUGCUGAGCAAGUAUGCAAAAGAUGCCCAGAUCAUUUCAGCUGAGUUUGUUAAAAGUAGUGUUGAAACUGAUGCUUGUCCUUCUGAUGGCUCACCUGAAUUUGCUCUUGUGGGUCGUUCUAAUGUUGGCAAAUCCUCGUUGCUUAAUUCCAUUGUUAAAAGAAAGAAACUUGCUUUGACUUCUAAGAAACCAGGAAAAACACAAUGCAUCAACCACUUCCGAAUUAAUGACAGUUGGUACUUGGUGGAUUUGCCUGGAUACGGAUAUGCCUCGGCACCACAUGAACUUAAACAAGAUUGGAACAAGUUCACUAAAGACUAUUUUCUAAAUCGGUCAACACUGGUCUCAGUCUUCCUUCUUAUUGAUGCUAGCAUUCCUGCCAAAAAAAUUGAUCUCGAAUAUGCAAGUUGGCUGGGUCAGAACCAGGUCCCAAUGACUUUAAUAUUCACAAAAUGUGACAAGCGGAAAAAGAAAAAGAAUGGUGGAAAGCAUCCUGAAGAAAAUGUGCAAGACUUUCAGGAUUUAAUCAGUGAAUACUUUGAUGCAGUGCCACCAUGGAUCAUGACUAGCAGUGUUACCAAUCAAGGUCGAGAUGAAAUACUGUUGCACAUGUCCCAGCUUCGAAACUACUGGCUCAAAAAUUAAAUUUACAUAUCUGUGUUUUUUAGUUUAUUUACUUUCACAGUUUUUUGGUUCAUAGAGAAUUUAGAUACUAUACUAAGAGUCUAAGACGGAUGAUAAUGGAUUAAAGGGAAUUGGUAACACUGUUGUUUUCUUAUUUUUGUAUGAUCUUGUGCUUUUUU